AUGGUCCUCGGUCCUUGGAGCUACAACCUCAGCCCUGCAGCAGCCCUGCUAUUUGCUAUUCUCUUCGGCAUUGCUACCAUUUACCACAUCUUCAUCGUCUCUCGUCUCCGCGUGUGGCAUUUUCUGCCACUUGUUGUUGGCGGUAGUUUCGAAAGCGUUGGCUACGUUGUUCGCUACUUGGCAAGCAAAGAUGAAACAAACGUGGCUCUCUUCGUCAUACAGACACUCCUCAUCCUCGUUGCCCCGGCUCUCUUUGCAGCCUCCAUCUACAUCGUACUCGGACGGUUAAUUAUUGCGGUGCGCGCCGAAGCAUACACUCCGAUUCGACCGGCAUGGCUCACAAAGAUAUUUGUGGGAGGCGAUGUCCUGUCCUUUGUCGUCCAGCUUGCGGGUUCCGGCUUGUUGACAAACAACUUUAGCCUGGGGAAAGCAAUUAUCCUCGUUGGCCUGGUCGCGCAGCUCAUCUCUUUCGGGCUCUUUGUGGUCACAGCAAUUGUAUUCCAGCGCCGACUUGACAGGAACCCAACCCCUGAGAGCUAUACACUGGACAGCCGUAACCGAAUGCGGUGGAAAGGCAUCAUAUUCCUUCUCUAUUCCAGCAGCGCCUUGAUAUUUGUCCGAUCUGUUUUCCGUCUUAUCGAGUUCACUGGCAGCAAUGACUCGGCAAUCAUGACGUCUGAAGCGUACCUCUACGUCUGCGACUCAACUUUGAUGUUGAUUGUCCUGGCGAUCUUGGGCUACUUCCAUCUAUCCGAGUACGUGCGAAAAGAUAAGGGAAUGGAGCAUCUGCAAGGCGAAGAGCUGCUGUAA